AUGAUGAAGGCAAAGAGAUGCCUCUUUGGACCCAGCGACCCGGAAUUGACACACCGACAGUACAAUGAAAGCUUGAAACAACAUCUACAGAACGCCGAAAAAGACUGGAAUUUCAACUUCGCAGAUGAAAAUCCGAUCCUUUCCUCCGAAGCCCGCUACAAAUGGGAAGUCGUUCGAUCAAGCUCAGUGCCACCUGUCUACCGAAGCAAACGGUUAUUUGAUCCCAAGGCGCCAAAGCAAGCAGCUGAAGUUGAACAGAAAACACCAAAAACCUCCCGACGCUCGAGCAAAUCUGCCACUCGCAGCGCGAAAAACUCGCAACUCGCCAAGAAGUCAACUCAAACCACAAUGACAGAAAUGUUCACCGUGAAGCGUCAACGAUCCAGCAUGCCGAAGAAAGUCUCCAUGGAUCUUCCCGGCAGCACUUCCCCCGAACGCGUCUUUGGCGUGUUGACCCGAUCCACCUCCCGUGUUCACACUAGAUCCACUGCGAAGCGUCACCUCCCAUUUGGUCACUGA